AUGAAGCAUCCUAAGCAUGUACAACAUCUUGUUUUGGUGGGACCUGUUGGAUUUACCUCAGAAGUUGACCAUAAAUCAGAAUGGCUUACAAAAUCCAAGGUAACAUGGAAAGGAGCUGUGAUGAGCCAUUUAUGGGAAUCUAAUUUUACUCCUGUGAAAGUACUCAGCCUUGAUGUGUGGAAUUUUAUGAUGGAGCUCAUGAUACACAAAGUUACUGCCUUAGCCAUACAUAAGCCUACGAGUGCCAUGAUGCAUCAUGAUGGACAUAGAUUUCAUGAAGUGUUUCAGAUAAAACAUGAUUGCCCCUACACAGUCGCUUUUAAGCAUAGUAAAUGGGAUUCUAGACGAAAGCAUCAGCAGGAUGAGUAG